GUUCUCCGGAGCCGGAGAAACACGCCCUGUUCUUCCGCCUCUCCCGACUCUAUUUUGCCCACAGGAUCCGAUCCGAUGGCGGCGGCGAUGUCGACGGACCGGGCUCAGGGCUCUGUGACCUUCGAGGACGUGUUUGUGUACUUCUCCCGGGACGAGUGGGGACUCCUUGAUGAGGCUCAGAGACUCCUGUACCGCAAUGUGAUGCUGGAGAACUUUGCCUUGGUGGCCUCCCUGGGUUGUUGGCAUGAAGCAGAGGAGGCAACACCUUCUGAGCAGGACGUUUCUCUGGAAGGAGUGUCACAGGUCAGGACUCUGUCCACCCAGAAAGCCUACCCAUGUGAGAGGUGUGACCCAAUCUUGGAAGACAUUGUACACCUGGCUCAGCACCAGGGAUCACACCCCACCCAGAAACCAUGCAUGUGUGGGCCAAGUGGGAGAGACUUCUCGUCUGGUGCAAAUUUUGACCAGCAACAGGAGCCACACAGUGCAGAGAAUCCAUUCAGAAAAAAUGACAAUCAAGCUUCAUUUGUGAAGAGCUAUGCAGUCCACAUGCCAGGGUGGCCCUUCAUGUACAGAGAGGAGGGAACGGGCCUCCUGGACAGCCCUGGCCUCUUCCAGCAACAGGCCACUCACACUGAGGUAAGCCCAUCCAAAAAGACUGAGUGCAUGGAGUCCUUUCUGCACAGCUCCACUCUUGGCAAGCACCAGGGUGCCCACACUGGACAGACGUUGUUCAGUUAUAACAACUAUGGGGAAGCCUUCCUGAAGACCUUCACUCUCCUCGACAACUGGAUUGCUCAGACUGAAGACAGACCCUUUAGAUGCUUCACGUGUGGAAAUGCCUUCAAGGAGAAAUCAGGUCUUAUUAAACACAGAAAAACUCACAGAGGAGAAACAGCUCAUGUGUGUAAGGAAUGUGGAAAGGCCUUUACUCACCUGUCCCACCUCAGAACACACCAGAAAUUUCAUACUGGAAAAAGGCAUUACACAUGCAGUGAAUGUGGGAAGGCCUUCAGUCGCAAAGACACCCUUGUUCAACACCAGAGAGUUCACACUGGAGAAAGAUCUUAUGACUGCAGCGAAUGUGGAAAAGCCUACAGCAGAAACUCCCACCUUGUUCAGCACCAGAGAAUUCACACUGGAGAAAGGCCUUAUAAGUGUGGUGAAUGUGGGAAAGCCUUCAGCCGGAAAGACACACUUGUUCAGCACCAAAGAUUUCAUACUGGAGAAAGGCCUUAUGAGUGUAGCGAAUGUGGGAAAUUCUUUAGCCAAAGUUCCCACCUUAUUGAGCACUGGAGAAUUCAUACUGGGGCAAGGCCUUAUGAGUGCUUUGAAUGUGGAAAAUUCUUUAGCCAUAACUCCAGUCUCAUUAAACAUCGAAGAGUCCACACAGGAGCAAGGUCUUAUGUAUGCAGCAAAUGCAGUAAAGCCUUCAGCUGCAAGGACACACUUGUCCAGCACCAGAUAAUUCACACCGGAGUAAGGCCUUAUGAAUGCAGUGAAUGUGGCAAAGCCUUCAGCCGCAAAGACACUCUUGUUCAGCACCAGAAAAUCCACACUGGAGAAAGGCCUUAUGAGUGUGGCGAAUGUGGGAAAUUCUUCAGCCAUAGCUCCAAUCUUAUUGUUCACCAGAGAAUUCAUACUGGAGCAAAGCCUUAUGAGUGUAGCGAAUGUGGGAAGUGCUUUAGCCACAAUUCCAGCCUCAAUCUACACCAGAGAGUCCACACAGGAGCAAGGCCUUAUGUGUGCAGUGAAUGUGGGAAAACCUAUAUCAGUAGCUCCCACCUUGUCCAACACAUGAAAGUCCACACUGGAGCAAGGCCUUAUGAGUGCAGUGAGUGUGGGAAAUUCUUUAGCCGCAACUCUAGCCUCAUUUUACACCGGAGAGUUCACACUGGAGAAAAGCCAUAUGUGUGCAGUGAAUGUGGGAAAGCUUAUAGCAGAAGGUCUCAUCUUGUUCGGCACAAGAAAGUGCACUCUAGGGAAAGGUCUCAUGAGUGCAAUAAUUUUGUUAACCCUUUAGCUGCAUCUCUCUAACUUGUCAACACUAGAAUAUUCACAGAGGAAGGUUUUAUGAGUGCAUAAAAUAUGCAGUUUCCUUGUCAAACCCAGUAGGACUCACACGAGUACCCUUUGUGAGAGAGCCCUCGGCCAGCAGGUGAGCCUUGUCCAUUCAGAUACCCAUACUGAGGAGAUUCCCACUGAGUGCCACAUGCAUUGGAAGCUGCCACACAUUGCAGUGCACCUUCUAAAAUGUCCUGGGUUAUGUCACUGCCAGUGCCUAUGGUGGAAGCUAUCUCAUUGCUACUGGCCAUCAGGGACCAGUGUGUGUUGGUCACCCCAGUACGUCCAGGGAAGACAGACCUUCGUGUUGUCUCUCCUAUUCCCUGGAGAGAAUCACAAGUGUUUUGAGCCUUCUUGAGGGUCCUCAUUUCUUCCCCUUAUGACUGGUUUCUGAGCAGAUGUGACCUAGCUCUGGCCAGAAGGCUUUGAGCUGGGAUCUGCUAGAGGCUUCCAAAGAAGUCGCCCCUUCUUCAUUGAUGCCGUUGGCUAUACGUGUGAUAAAGCUCUGAUGGAUUUGUCCUGCUUCCAAGUCACCCAGCCUUGUAACUGCCUGCCUCAUGCUGUUCUGGUUCUUAUAGCGAUAAAGGCAUUAUUGUGUAAGCCUUUACUCUUGGGAGACCUGUUUACUGUGUGGAGUGAAUUGAGAAAAGAAUAGGGUCUGCCAGCAUGAAGGUGGGAACACCUUUUGUGGGUGCCCCCAACUUUAUGUGCCUGGAGGGGACAAGAGGAUUGCAGAGAAAAAGUCCAAGUGGAGUUUGCCCAAGACCUUCCAGGUAGAACUGAUGACUCUGUGAACCUAAUCCUGUGGCCUGGUUAUGAGGAUUUCCUGUAAGCCCAGAAAACAUCCUGAGGAGGAGAAUGUUGAUAGCAUCCUCCAGUGCUCUUGAGAGCAGCAUGAGUUGAGUCUCUUGUACCCAGGAAUUGUCCCACAUUCCCCACCACUGUGGAGGAACUGCUGUCUCCCAAACCUGUAUGGGAGCCAGCCCACUGACAUCCAGAGUCCCGUAGGUGGGUAUCAUUGACUGUAUGAGCUACAGGUCAGGCGGGAAUCAACUGGUACAGAGACACUCAGUACAGAAAUACUGAGAUAGUUGGGAAGACUGUGGCAAAUGAGAAGGGGUGUGUCUAUUAUAAAGUGACAUCCACAGAUGGCCAUGUGAUUAUGGCUGUGUAGGAUAAGGGUGUGGAAAUUUGCAAGACCUGUAGACCUCUAUCUCCUUUGGCAUGACUGACAAUCUAAAGGGUUCUGGAGGCCCGGAGCCUCCCUAGAGUGUUGAACCUUAUGGCCAUUGCUGUAUAGGCAGGAAGUCCAGGCCUGAGAGAAUACAAGUCCUUCAGUCCAGGGGUGGGGCUUCUCUGACCCAGCCAGCAUUUCCGGUGACUGAAGUGGACAUGGUCUUCAUUGUGCUCCAGUUUCUGCUGCCAUUGAUGCCAGGCUGACCCUCCACAUGUUGGGAAGAGUGGUAUGGUAGAGUCAAAAUAGUUGGCAGAUCUGAUUUUCCAAGAGGCAUAGUGGUUGUUGUUAGGUGCUUUAGGCCAGUUCAACUCAUAGCGACCCCGUGUGACAGAGCAGAACUUCCUUAUAGGUUUUUCUAGGCCAUAAUUUUUACGGAAGCAGAUCACCAGGUGUUUCUCCCACAGAGCAGCUGAGUGCUUAACCAUACACAUGGUGGAUAAAGGUAUUUUAUGCAGAACACUUUGUUGUUAACAGCUUUAUUGAAGUACAAUUGACAUGCAAUAAACUGCACAUAUUUAAAGUGUAAAAUUUGAUGUUUUAGCAUGUACAUACACCUCUGAAACCAUUACCACAAUCACGAUUAUGAACACAUUGAACACACUCAAAAAUUUCCCCAUGUCCCUUCAUAAUCCCUUCCAGUCAAUUCUGUCAGAUCUCCCUCGUUGCUGUUCCAAGCAAAUUGUUGAUUUGCUUUAUGUCAUCAGCCUUUUUUAAGAAUUUUAUUUAAGGGGAAUCAUACAAUAUUUACUCUUUUUUAUCCUCAUGGUGAUGAAGUGGGGUCUCUAGCUUUUUUCACUAAGCAUAACUAUUUUGAGAUUUAUACAUGUUGAAUUUAUCCAUAGUUCCUUUUUAUUGCUGAGUAGUAUUUCAUUAUAUAGAUAUACCUUUUUUUUUUUUUUUUAAUCCAUUCAGCUGUUAAUGGGUAGUUUCAUUCUUUCCAGUUUUUGGCUAUCAUGAAUAAAGCUGCCGUGAAGACUUGUGUACAAGCUUUUAGAUGGAUGUAUGUUUUAUUUCUCUUGGGUAAAUAUCUAGGAAUGGAAUGGUGGGGUCAUAGGGUUGAUGAAUGUAUUAUUUUUUAAAAGAAACUACCACGAACUGUGCUUCAAAGUAAUUGUACCAUUUUACAUUCACAGCAGCAGGGUAUGACUCUUCAGUUGCCUCGCAACCCCUCUGACAGUUGGUAUUCAUCUGUUUAAUUAUAGUAAUCUCAGUUUAUAUUCUAGAUUUAAAAACAAAAACAAGAACCAGUGGCUAUUGAAUCUGCUCUGACUCAUGGCAACCCAUGAGUGUCAAAACAGAACAGUGCACCACAGGGUUUUCGGUGGCUGAGUAUUUGGAAGCAGAUUUGCCAGAUCUUUCCUCUGAGGCAUCUCUGGGUGGGCUCAAGCACCAACUUUUCAGUUAGCAGCCAAGCACGUAAAGUGUGCACCACCCAGGGUCUACUGUAUAUAGCACAAAACCAAACCUAUUGUUACGAAGUCGAUUCUGACUCAUGGCAACCCCAUAUGUUGCACAGUAGAACUGUUCCAUAGGGUUUUCUUGGCUGUAAUCUUUAAAGAAGCAGAUCUCUAGGCCUUCCUUCCAGGUGCUUCUGGGUGGUUUUGAACUGUCAACCUUCAGUUUGGUUGUUGUUCUUAGGUGCUGUUGAGUCAGUUCCGACUCAUAGUGACCUUAUGCACAACAGAACAAAACACUGCCCGGUCCUUACAAUCGUUGUUAUACUUGAGCUCAUUGUUGCAGUCACUGUCAAUCCACCUCAUUAAGGGUCUUCUCUUUUCCGCUGACCCUUUACUCUGCCAUGCAUGAUGUCCUUCUCCAGGGACUGAUCCCUCCUGGCAACAUGUCUGAAGUAUGUAAGACACAGUCUCGCCACCUUGCUUCUAAGGAGCAUUCUGGUUGUACUUCUUCUAAGAUAGAUUGGUCUUAGAUUCUCAGGUUGGUAGUUAAGCACAAAUCAUUUGUGCCAUCUAGAUACCUUCUAUAUAGCAUGUUGUUGUUAGGUGCUGUUGAGUCUAUCUCAACUCGUAGUGCCCCAUGUGACAGAGUAGAACUGCCCCAUAGGAUUUUCUACGCAGUAAUCUUUUUUUUUUUUUUUUAAUCUUUAUAGGUGCAGAUCGUCAGGUCUUUCUCCCAUGGAGCCACUGGGUAGGUUCAAACUGCCAACCUUUUGGUCGUCAGCGGAGCACUUUAACUGUUUGCACUUCCAGGUCCCCUCUUGUGUGGCAUACCUGUUGCCGAUGAGGUAAUUCAGACUCAUAGCGACCCUACAGAACAGAGUAGAACUGCCCAUAGAUUUUCCAAGGAUGUAAUCUUCACCAAAGCAGACUGCCACAUCUUUCUCCCAUGGAGUGGCUGGUGGGUUCAAACUGCCAACCUUUCAGUUAGCCACUGAGUGCCUAACCAAUAUGCCACCAGGGUCCUUCAUAUAUAACAUUAAAAAAAAAAAAAAAAUUGCCAUUGAGUUGAUUCCCACUCAUAGCAACCCUAUAACAUAGUAUUCCUCUAAUAAAUAAUAGAAAAUCUGAUAUGUUAUUUUCAAAAAAGAAUUGGGAAAACAUGUACUGAUGUAAUUUUUGCAAUCUCAGUUCAAAAAUACCAUCACUUUAGGCAGUUCCCUUUUGUCUUAAGAGGUGCAUGUACCCAAUCCACAGGAAUCACAGAAGGAUGGAACAUUCUUGACCAUGCAUCAUAGACCCUGGGUGGUGCAAACUUUAUGUGCUUGGCUGCUAACUGAAAAGUUGGUGCUUGGGCCCACCCAGAGAUGCCUCAGAGGAAAGAUCUGGCAAUCUGCUUCCAAAUACUCAGGAAUGUGUUGUCUUAUGAAAACACAGAUUCUUUGGCCUGAACUCCAGAGUGUCUGACUCAGUAGGUCUGGGGUUGCGAGUGAGAAAUGCACUCCUAAUGAAUCUCCAGAUGGUGCUUGCAAUGUCACUAUAUUCACAAGUUCUUAGAGAAGGACCAUUUGGAGCAGAACAUGGACCAGACAUUGCUAAUGGUGUGAUCCACAGAUGUUUAUUACUCACAGAAUAAACAGGACAGGGAUGAGAACAGGACACGUCAUCAUCAGCCUAGGUCCCCCAAAGUUAGGCUCCCAUCUACAAGAUGAUUAGACUGCACUCAAGCAUAUCCCAGUUCAUGUUCUGAGAGGAGAACCCCUAAAUUCCUCCCUGGAUUAAAUACUAAUCAGACAGCCAAAUUUACAUGCCAAAUAGCAUAUAUACAGAACACGUAGGGAAAAGGGCAGUGAAAGACGGCAAUAAAAGUGGAAAGUCCCCUGUAGGCAGUGGACAUCAUUUAUUGCCCCAGUUCAGAGUGGGCUAGAUCUACCGGUGCCGGAGAACAGCCCUUCCUCCAGAGGGCAAUCAUCUCCCCCUGAGGCCAUGUACUUUAUGUCCAUUAGUAGCUAUUAAUGUGCAUUGGCAGGUAGGGAGAUGGUUACAGGAUGAUAAUACUAUGGCACACCUCUGCACCCAGCAGCGCUGCUGUAGCUUGUGCUGGGAUCCAACUCCGAUAACCAGUGUUCUGAGAAAGGCAAUGCUUCCAAGCCUCAGCCCACGGGGCUGGAGAUUUGCAGACACUGGGGGAUGGUGCCAGAGUUCUCACCAACAUCCCUGGAAGUGACCAAAGCAGAUGGGUGGCCCACAGGGCUGGUGUUUCAGGUUUGCAAUUGCAGAGGGACCCCACGAAGAAGUCCUGAGCUGGUGUCCACCACUGAAGCUGUUUCCUGAACUCUGCCACGUUCUUACAGGAAGAGGCCAGAGAAGAGGGGGACCUUUUGCAGGACCUCUGGAGGCCUCUAGGGUGUCCGGAAGCCUUUUAGGAGAACCUCUCCAGGCAUCCUCACUGCUGGCCAGAGGCUAAGUCUGAGCUUCUUGGUGGAGAAACUGAGGCAACACAGGUCAUGGAGGUCAUUUAUUCUCCCCACGGAGGUCCCUAAAUGGCACACAUCAUUUGUACUCAACUACUAACCUAAAGGUUGGCAGUGUGAACUCACCCAGUGGCUCCACAGAAGAAAGACUUGGCAAUCUGUUCCCGGGAAGAUUUACAGCCUAUGAAUAGCUAUGGGGACAGUUCUACUCUGUAACACGUGGGGUCGCCAUGAGUCAGAAUCAACUCGAGGGCACCCAACAACAACAUACCUGAAUCAACUCAAGAAGUACGGUUUUGUUACAGCCCUGAAGGGGCUCUUCAAGUCCCAGACAGAGAAGGAAAGCUCUGCAGGAAAACUGAAAUCCAGACCCUUUGACAGUAAAGACACUAAAAGAACUGUUUCUAAAUGUCCUAUUUACCUCUUUAUUUUAAUGGGUAUCACUCAGUGUUUUUAAGGAGGAAAAAGAAACACGUUUUGGAGGCAAAACCCUCAUUGUGAUCAAGGCUACAGCCCAGCCACCUGCUCAGUUUCAUUCUCUUCAUUCUCUGACUUUUCAGACUUCAGUGAUUUAUGCUCAAACUUCACUGAGAUCUUAACUUUUGUCACAUGUCACAGAUAGGUUUUCCCUGAGCUAUUUCCACUACUUUUUUUUCCUGUAAUAUGGUAUUGUGUUUUCGGUGAAAGUUUACACAGCAAAUUAGGUUCCCGUUUGACAAUUUGUGUACCAAUUGUUCAGUGACAAUUGUUAACAUUUUUCACAUUGGGACAACAUUCUCUUUAAUCGCAUCUGGUUGUUCUAGUUUCUAGUGCUCUAGUUUCCCUGUCCCCUUCUCAUCUUUGCUUUAGAGAAAUUGUUGACCUUUUGGUCUCAUACAGACGGUUUUUUUAAUGGAGCACGGUACUCAAGGGUAAUAUCCUUUCUUUUGUGUGCCAAUCUGUUACUUCGCUGAAAGGCAACCUCAGAGAAUAGUUUCAGUUUGAGGUUUAAAGAAUAUCUCAAGGCAGUAGUCUGAAGGAGUCCUCUAGUCUCAACCAGUCCAGUGAGUCUGAUCUUUUCAAGAAUUUGAGGUUCUGUUCUGUGUUUUUCUUCUGUUCUAUCUGGGUCCACCUCCUGUGGCCCUGAUAAGAAUGGUCAGUAGUGGAGCCAGGCACAAUCUAGUUCUUCUGGUCCAUUGCUAACUUUUAAUAAUGGCAUAACCAUUCUUAGUAGCUCUCAGCUACUAAAAUUUCCACAUUUCACUUAUGUUUUCUGAGAUCGUCUCAGCUCCCCAUGGAGACAUUGUUACUGCAGCCACAUGUCAAACAGUGAAUGUUUCUCAGCGAGAAGAUGAGAUCAUGGUGUCCCAGACACUUAUCUCUGGAAUAAGAUGCCUUCUUUCCACAUACUCUCUGACUGGGACCCCAGCUGCCACUCUCCUUGCAGAAAAUGACAUUUGUUAAGUGUUAUGGGUUGAAUUGUGUCCCCCCAAAAUACAUGUUGUAAAUCCUAACCCCUUGUCUUAGGUAUCUAGUGCUGCUACAACAAAUACAAGUGGAUGGCUUUAACAAAGGUAUUUAUUCUCUCACAGUCUAGGAGGCUAGAGAUCCAAAUUCAGUGUGUCAACUCCAGGGGAGGUCUUUCUCUUUGUUGGUUCUGAAGGAAGGUCCUUGUCAACAAUCUUCCCCUGGUCUAGAAGCUUCUCUAAGCAGUAACCCCAGGUCCAAAGGAUGUGCUCUGCUCCUGGCAGCUUUCUUGGUGGUAUGAGGUUCCCAUGGCUCUCUGCACACUUCUCUCUUUUGUAUCUCAAAAGAGAGUGGCUCAAUACACAAUCCAAUCUUGUAGAUGGAGUCCUGCCUCAUUAACGUAACUGCUGUUAAUCCCAUCUCAUCAAUAUCAAGAUAGGAUUUAUAUAGGCAAAUCACAUCAGAUGACAAAAUGGUGGACAGUCAAGCAAUACUGAGAAUUGUGGCCUAACCAAAUUGAUACACAUUUUUGGGGGACACAAUUCAAUCCAUGACACCCCUUUACCCGUAUGACCAGGGGAUAUUGCAUGGUUUAAAGUCAGGAAAGUUAUACAUCAGGGUUAUAUCCUUUCACCAUACUUAUUCAAUCUGUAUGCUGAGCAAAUGAUCCGAGAAGCUGGACUAUAUGAAGAAGAAGGGGGCAUCAGGAUUGGAGUAAGACUCAUUAACAACCUGCAUUAUGCAGAUGACACACCUUGCUUGCUGAAAGUGAAGAGGACUUGAAGCGCUUACUGAUGAAGAUCAAGGACCACACCCUUCAGUAUGGAUUACACCUCAACAUAAAGAAAACAAACAUCCUCACAACUGGACCAAUAAGCAACAUCAACAUCAAUGGAGAAAAGAUGGAAGUUGUCAAGAAUUUCAUUUUACUUGGAUCCACAGUCAAUACCCAUGGAAGCAGCAGUCAAGAAAUCAAAAGAAGCAUUGCAUUGGGCAAAUGUGCAAAAGACCUCUUUAAAGUGUUAAAGAGGUCACUUUGAAGACUAAGGUGCACCUGACCCAAGCCAUGGUGUUUUCAGUCGCCUCAUAUGCAUGCGAAAGCUGGACGAUGAAUAACGAAGACCAAAGAACUGAUGUCUUUGAAUUGUGGUGUUGGCAAAGAAUAUUGAAUAUACCAUGGACUCCCAAAAGAACAAACAAAUCUGUCUUGGAAGAAAUACAACUAGAAUUCUCCUUAGAAGCAAGGAUGGCGAGAUUAUGUCUCACAUACUUUGAACACGUUAUCAGGAGGAAUCAGUCCCUGGAGAAGGACAUCAUGCUUGUAAAGUAUAGAGCGAAAAAGAAGACCCUCAAGGAGAUGGAUUGACACAGUGGCUGCAACAAUGGGCUCAAGCAUAAUAACGAUUGUGAGGAUGGUGCAAGACCAGGCAAUGUUUUGUUCUGUUGUACAUAGGGUCACUGUGAGUCAGAGCCGACUCGAUGGCACCUAACAACAACAACAUACCUGUGGUUAUAAUCCCAUUUGGGAAUGGGUUUUAUUUGUUAUGUUAAUGAGGCAGUAUUAAUGUAGGGUGUGUCUUAAAUCAAUCACUUCUGGUAUGCAUAAAAGCAAAUUAAGCAAGCAGGCAGAGAUGGAGAAAGAAUCCAUGCCACAUGAAGAUCACCAAGAAGCAAAGGAACAGAAGUUGAAAAGAGACAAGGACCUUCCUUCAGAGUUCACAGGGACAGAAAGCCUUCCUGUAGAGCUGGCACCCUGAAUUCAGACUUCUAGCCUCCGAAACUGUGAGAAAAUAAAUUUCUGUUUGUUAAAACCACUCUCUUGUGGUAUUUCUAUUAUAGCAGCACUAGAUAAUUAAGACACUAAGUAUCCUGUCUUAGUCCGGGUUCUUUAGAGGAACAAAACCCGUGAAGCAUAUAUAGAGAGAAAAUUUUACUUCAAGGAAAUGGCUCAUGAAAUUGUGGUGGCUGGCAAGUCCCAAAUCUGUGGAUCGAGUGGCAAGCUGAAGGCUUCUGCUAUGCUGGCAAACUCAAAAUCUGCAGGUCAGGUGACAGGCUGAAGGCCUCUUGAGUCCAAGAACCAGAAAUCUCACUACAAUAAGAGUACAGGAUGAAAAGAGAGCAAGUUUAUCAGAACAUUCAUUUAUAUACUGGAGGCAGGUCCCACCCCCUAGAAAACUCUGCUUUCAACUGAUUGGCUGCUCACAUCAGAUCACAAAAUGGAAGAUGAUUACAUAAUGUCUGCCAAACUACUGAGAAUCAUGGCUAGCCAAGCUGACUCAUAGCAUUAACCAUCACAGAUGUCUUAUUUUCAGAUGGGUCUAAGAUUUUAAAAUGAAUAGUAGUCUUAGGCUGGGUUCUCUAGAGAAGCAAAACCAGUAAAGCAUAGAAAUAUAUAUGUACAGAUUUAUAUCAAGGAAGUGGCUCACAUGGUUGUAGAGGCUGGAAUGUCCCAAGUCCGUGGAUUAGGAUAGAGGCUUCUGAUUCACGUAGACAGAAGGGCUGGCAAACUCAAGAUCAGCAGGUCAGAGAACAGGGCUCUUGGUCACAGGCUGCAAAGGUUGACAAAGGCCCCAGGAUUGGCAGGCAAGACCACAGGUAAGCUGCUAGUUCAAGCCCCAAAAACCAGAGGUCAGAUGAGCAGGAGCCAGUUGCCAGGUCCAGAACAAGAAACACCCUUGCCAGAAUGUCCAGUUAUAUUCGAUGCAGGCCACUCGCCCAAAGAAACUCCCUUUGAACUGGUUGGUUACUCACAGCAGAUCUCAUCAUGGAGGUGAUCACAUUAUAUCAAAUCUCAUCAUGGAAGUGAUCAUGACAUCAUACAACUGCCAAACUACAUCAUAACUGCCAACCACAGAUAAUCAUGGCCCAGUGAAGUUGACACACAACCUUAACCAUCAAAACUACCUACUGAAUUGGGAAAUUGAGUUAGAAACAUUAUAUGGAGGAACCGGUUGGUCUUGUUGAGGUUUAAAACAAACACAAAUAUACGAAGGAAAGUCAAAAAGUAUUGCUACAAAAUCAUGGAAACCUUUAUUAAACAAAAAUGUCAAAAUGUGAAACUAUUGUUUCUCGACAUACACUCCAUCUAGGUCUGUACACUUGAAGGCGGUGUUUCCAUCUCUCUAACACUUCCCUGAAGAAUUCUGGGCUCUUCAAUUUACACCACGUCAAAACAGAAGUUUUGGCAUCCUCUAGGGACUCAAAUCAUGUUCCUUUUAAAUGUUCUUUGAGUGUUGGGAACAAGAAAGUCUGACGGGGCAAGAUCAGGGCUGUCGGGUGGAUGAGGUGAGGUUUCUCAAAGAAAUUCUCACAGGACAGUUCUCGUUACCCUCAAAGAAUGAGCAGGUGAACCGCCAUGACGGAAAAAAUUUCCUUGGUUCCAUUUUCCUGGCCUUUUUCUCACCAAUGCAGUUUUCAAUUUUCUUAAAACUUCUUCAUAAUAAGCCCCUGUGAUGAUCCUGUGUCUUUUGAGAAAAUCUAUCAAGAUCACCCCUUCGGAAUCUGUCUUAGUUAUCUACUGCUGCUAUAACACAAAUACCACAAGUGGAUGGCUUUAACAAAGAGAAAUUUAUGUCUUCACUGUAAAGUAGGCUAAAAGUCCAAAUCCAGGGCUUCAGCUCCAGGUGAAGGCUUAUCCCUCUCUGUUGGCCUCCUUAACAAUCUUUCUCCGGACUACAAGCUUCUUUGUGCAGGAACCCUGGGUCCAAAGGAUGUGCUCUGCUCCUGGCACUGCUUUCUUGUUGGUAUGAGGUGCCCUGUCUCUCUGCUUGCUUCUUUCUUUUAUAUCUCAAGAGAUUGCCUUCAAGACACAAUCCAAUCUUGUCAGUUGCGUCCUGCCUCAUUAACACAACUGCCGCCCAUCGUUAACAUCAUAGAGGCAGGAUUUACGACAUAUAGGAAAAUCACACAAUACCAGGAAUCACGGCCCAGCCCAACUGAUAAACACAUUUUGCGGGGGAGACAUAAUUCAAUCCAUGACAGAAUACCAAAAAACAGCUGCCAUAACCUUCUGAGUGGUCUUGCCUCUCUUGGCUCAUCUUUGAGGAUUUCCUGACUUCCCUUAAAAUGUUCAACCCAUUGUUGUUUUAUAUGGGGCAGCGUUCCCAUAAACUUAUUGCAAAGCUUCAAUGAUUUGGGAAGUUUUAACAAACUUGAGUUUUGUUAAAAAUUUGAUAUUAGCCCUGAUCUCAAAAUUGUUUUUUUCAUGGCACAAAAAUUAUACUUUUUUUUUUUUCUGAAGACACCCUAAGGAGACUAAGUGUAUUACUGAGAGAAGUUGUCUGCAGCCAUCCACUGAUGCAGAGAUAUGUUUAAACAUGUUUUGUUUGGAAUAAUCCGUGCGUGUAUGAACUAGAAUCCUGGUAGCAAUACUUUUUGACUUACUCUCAUAUAUGUGCAAGAAAGAUCUUUCUGUAGGAAACAGAGGAAGAGCACUGCCCUGUCUAACUGCAUCAGAGCUACUCAACAUCUCUUCUCUAUUUUCCUUGUCCAUUGUCUCUUGUAUCUUUUGACUGUCCAUACUGAAGUGCACAAAAGUGACUCUAGGCAUGUAGCUGAAGAGCAGUAAGAUAAUAUUCAUUUGAUGCCAGUAACUAAGAGCACACACUUGUGUCUGAGUAACUGUGUGUUACAUAUAUCAAAGUUUUUGCCUUUUAGUUGCCUACUCUGCUGGAUGGAAUCUAUAGUAUUUUGUCUCUGACCAUUUCUGUGAUUGCAUGCAAAUUUUAAACUUUUAUCCCCCCAUUGAGAGCCCUGGAGGUACAGUGGUUAAGUGUUUGUCUGCUAAUCAAAAGGUCAGUGGUUUGACCCCACCAGUGGCUCCAUGGAAGAAAGACUUGGCGAUCUGCUCCCCUAAAGAUUAUAGCCUAGGAAACCAUAUGGGGCAGUUGUACUCUGUCUUAUGGGGUUGCUAUGAGUUGGAAUCAGUUUGACAGCAAUGGGUUUUGGUGGCACGAUAGUUAAGUGUUCAGUUGCUAACCAAAAGGUUGGUGGUUCCAACCCAUCCAGUGGCUUUGUAGGUGAAGGACCUGGCAGCCUGCUGCUGAAAGUAUUACAGCCUAGAAAACCGUAUGCAGCAGUUCUACUGUGUCACACGGGGUUGCUAUGAGUUGAAAUCGACUCGACACCACCUAACAAUAACAGCUUGACCUUGAAACUGAUUUUUUAAAAAUUGUUUCGUUACAGUUAAAAAAUACACACAUGCAUGUAUAUAUAUAUAUACAACAAAAGUUGCCAAUUCAACAUUCUUUACACGUACUAUUCAGUGACAUUGGUGGUAACGUUCAUUGUGUUGUGCAACCAUCACCACUGUCCCUUUCCAAAUAACUCCACCAAUACUGACAGAAACUCAAUGCCCCCUAAGCAAAGACUCCCUGUACCCUGGGUAACCACUAAUGAACUUUGGUCUCUGUACAUUUGCCUAUUUCAUAUAAGUGGGAUCAUACAAUACUUGUCCUUUUGAGGCUGAUUUAUUUCACUCAGUAUAAUGCUUUCAAGGUGAUAUUGAACCUAAUUUAAAAUCUUUUGAUUUCCUAAUUCUCUGAGUAAUCUGUUACUCUGCUACUGUCUGAAACGUUCAGACCCUCCUCUUCAUCCUAUGAGCUUCUACCAUAUCCACCCUCCUCCUGACCAGCAGUCAUAUGCUGCCUAGUCCCAGGAAACCCAAUCUGACCAGAUGCCCUGUUGGAUGGGUGUUUUUAUAGACUGUCCAUGAAAGGAUGCUGGACAUAAUUUAGACUUGAAUUGAUUCUCCUUUGGACUCUGUGACCAGCUGAAGCUUAUAGGCCUUUAUUUCCUCUAGAAUACCUGCAGGUCCUGAGAACAGGAGAAAUCUGUAAUCGUACUAGUUUCCUGACUCUAAGCUUCUAUUUUGGUCUGAUUGUUCUGUACUUUGUUUCUUCUGACUUGCAGUAAAUGGACUUAUUUGUUUAUAAUUUAAGUGAACUUUAUGACUUCUGUCAACCAUGUUUCCAAUUCUUUUCCCUUUUUCUACUUUUGCACCAUUUGUGACAUUCUAGUAUAUACUCUGUGAGUGAUUUUCUAAAUUUUCCAUAUCAGUUUAUCUGGUGUUAAUACAAUGAUAAUUUUCACUGUGAAAGUGGCAAGCAGGUCAAUCUAUGUUGUGUUAAAACAAAAUCAUAUUAAGCCAAUAAUACAAACUGAUUGAAGUUUGCUAAAUAUAUGACUUGCAAAUUGAGGUAACACUUCCCACUAAGGAGUUGAAGGGUGUCGCAAAGAGGGAAGAACUUCCAAAGAUCAUUAUACCCUGUCUUAUUGCUAGUAAUUAUACAUUGCCAUGGAAAAAGGGCCGGAAGAGAACUGAUACAACAGUUUGUGGUCAGGAAGGAUUCAUUCAGCAUUGUCUUGAAGAACAAUUAAAAUAAUUACUGAUAUGCCUUAAAACAUAGUCUAGUCUGACCAUUGGAGUUUCUAUUGAUACUGCACAUAGACCAUUCUUUUAAAAGAGCACAAUGCCUAAGGCAAAACAUUCUUUACUAAUUAAUUUAAACUACUGAUUGAUUUAAAGAUGACUUUUAGGAGGCCAGUAUUCUCAGUGUUCAGUGUUCAAAGAUCAUCUCAGGCAGCCAUCUAGGGUACUCCACUGGACUCACCCCUCCUGGAGCAAGGAAGAAUGAAGAAAACUAAAGAUACAAGGGAAAGAAUAGUCCAAAGGACUAAUGGAUCACCUCUACCACGGCCUCCACCAGACUGAGUCCAGAACAAUGAGAUGGUGCCAGGCUACCACCACUGACUGCUCUGAUAGAGAUCACAAUAGAGGGUCCCAGACAGAGAUGGAGAAAAAUGUGGAGCAAAAUUAUAACUCAGAAUGAAAGACCAGGGAGGCAAGGCCAAGAUGGCGGAAUAGUCAGAUGCUUCUGGUGAUCCCUCUUACAACAAAGACCCCAAAAAAACCAAGUGAAACGAUUAUACUUAUGACAAGCUAGGAGCCCUCAAUAUCAAAGGCAAAGUUAGAAAACGGACUGAGCAGCAUGGGGAAGGAGAGAUGGUUCAGAAGCAGAGGGGUGUUGCCGGACCCAAAUCGCCGGGAAGUUUCAGGCACCAUUCACUGGAGUGACUGCAGCAGGGCUGACAGUAGCAUUCCAGACACAGUUUCCUCAGGGAGCAGCUAGCUGCACAGCCUACUCACACCUCCAGAAUCAAAGAACAAUGCUCUCUGCAAAAGCUAGGUACUUGCAUCUGUUUUACCACGCCCCCAGCCCCCAAGCUGGCUGCAGUAGCUCUUGAUUUCCCUGGGCCUGAGAUAGGACCUGCUCAGCAACCUGAGCCAUUCUCCCAGCCUUGGAAGAGAAAUAAAUUCACAACUGGGAAAAAAGACGAUCUGCCAGCUCCCCUAAGCUGGGGAGCUCAGGACAGAAGUGGCUCCUGUCUAGGCAUAAACAGACCAUGGACUUUGAAUACCUUUCCCCGCUGCAUGGACCUGUGUGGGCCUAUUUCAGGAGAAUAGGCCCUUGUUGGCACACUGCAACUGUUUUGGCUAUGUGGUAGAGAAGUGGGUGUUUGAUAUUUGACUCUACUUUACCUGUUAAACAGGGUCCUCACCUACCCACCUCAGGGGCCUAAAGACUGGUGGCUCCAUCCACAUCACCUAGCUACCCGCAAUAGGAGUCCAAGGAUAACUGGUACCUCCCAGUCCUUACAACCAAAAGCAUUGGGUGCCCAUAGUCCAUCUGCAGAACCCACCCACCUGCACUCUUUAUGGAACAGGGAUGCGCUUUCCUCACAGACACUCGGGAGACAGUUGUCAGCCCCCUGGUUGUUCAGAAUGUGACCCCCGGCUGCAACCAGAUACCGGUACCUGCACCAAUCACCCCUGCCCCUCUAAGACUGUAGGACAGAGCCUGUACCACAUACUUGAUGACCACCUACCUGGACACCUGAACUGAAUUCAUACAAGAAAAGUGAAUGGACUCCUAGGCUCAUAUUCCUGAUAACAGCUCCAGCCAUCUGGGGACAGGGCAUCAGAGCUGCAAAGGCGAAAAUAAUCAAGCUAGCUCACUCAAGCAACCCAUUUGGGCAUAUCAAAACAAAACAAAGCAAGAAGCUAGAAUACAGUAGGCAAACAUAAAAUAAACUGAUACAAUAACUUAUAGAUGGCUUGGAGAUAACAUUCAAUAUCAAAUCACAUAAAGAAGCAGACCAUAAUUGCUUCAAAAAGCUCUCAAAACAAAGAAUCAAGGGAUCUUCUGGAUGAAUGUGCUUUCCUGGAAUUACCAGAUGCAGAAUACAAAAGAUUAAUAUACAAGACUCUUAAAAGAUAUCAGAAAGGAGAUCAGGCAAAACUCAGAACAAGCCAUGGAACACACAGGUAAAGCAGUUGAAGAAAUUAAAAAGAUUAUUCAAGAACAUAAUGAAAAAUUUAAUAAGCUGCAAGAAUCCAUACACAGCAAUCAGAAAUUCAGAAGAUUAACAAUAAAAUUACAGAAUUAGACAACUCAACAGAAACUCAGAGGAGCAGAACUGAGGAAGUGGAAGGCAGAAUUUAGUGAGACAGAAGAUAAAAACGCUUGGCACCAAUAUAUUUGAAGAAAAAUCAGUUUAAAAAAAUUUAAAAAAUGAAGAAACCUUAAGAAUCAUGUGGGACUCUAUCAAGAGAAAUAACUUAUGAGUGACUGGAGUACCAGAACAGGGAGGGAUAACAGAAACUACAGAGAGAAUUGUUGACAAUUUAUUGGCAAAAACUUCCCUGAUACCGUGAAAGAUGAGAAGAUAUCUAUCCAAGAUGCUCGUCAAACUCCAAAUAAGGUAGAUCUCAAAAGAAAGUCACCAAGACAUAUUAUAAUCAAACUUGCCAAAACCAAAGAUAAAGAGAGAAUUUUAAGAGUGGCUAGGGAUAAACAAAAGGUUACCUACAAAGGAGAGUCAAUAAGAAUAAGCUUGGACUACUUGGGAGAAAUCACGGAGGCAAGAAGGCAAUGGGAUGGCUUAUAUAAAGCAUUGAAGGAAAAAAACUGCCAUCCAAGAAUCAUAAAGCCAUUAAAACUGUCUCUCAAAUAUGAAGGCGAAAUUAGGACAUUUCCAGAUAAAAAGAAGUUUAGGGAAUUUGUAAAAACCAAACCAAAACUACAAAGAAAUACUAAAGGGAGUUCUCUGAUUAGAAAAAGAAUAUCAGAUAUCGACCUAAGACUAGAACACAGGACAGAACAACCAGAUGUUAGCCCAGAUAGGGAUAUCACAAAAAUAAAUCAAGAUAAAAAAACACUCAAAACAUGGAAACAGUGACGUCAUUAUGUAAAAGAAGACAACAUUAAAACAAUAAAGAGGAACUAAGAAAUGUAGUCAUAGAUAUUUCAUAUGGAGAGGAAAACAAAGCGAUAUUAAGAAAUAAAAGUUAAGCUUAAACAUAGAAAAAUAAGGGUAAAUAUUAAGGUAACCACAAAGGAGACUAGCAAUCCUCAUCGAAAUAAAAUACAAGAAAAAAAAAUACUCGGCAGAAAUAAAAAAACAACAAAUAAGAGGAAAAGACAUAUAUAAAGAUAAACUACUCAGCACAAAAAAACUAAGUGGGAAAAAGAAACUGUCAAAAAAAACACAAUAAAAGACAUCAAAACGGCAGCACUAAACUCAUUAAAAAAAAAACAAAAAAACUCAUACCUAUCCAUAAUUACACUGAAUGUAAAUGGAUUAAAUGCACCAAUAAAGAGACAGUGGCAGAGUGGAUUAAAAAACAAGAUCCGUUAGACAUAUGCUGUCUGUAAGAGACACAUCUUAGGCUUAGAGACACAAACAGACUAAAACUCAACGGAUGGAAAAACAUGUAUCAAGCAAACAACAAUCAAAAAAGAGCAGGAGUGGCAAUAUUAAUUUCUGACAAAAUAGACUUUAAAGUUGAAUCCACCACAAAGGAUAAGGAAGGACACUACAUAAUGAUUAAAGGGACAAUAUAUCAGGAGGAUAUAACCAUAUUAAAUAUUUAUGCACCCAAUGACAGGGCUGCAAGUUCAAUGCUGUUAGAGUUUGUUUAACGUAUCUUGCAUUAAACAAACUCUAACAGCAUUGAAAAGUAACAUAGCUCCACAUUUGUAGUAGGAGACUACAACACACCACUUUCGAUGAAGGAAGAAAGAACAUCCAGAAAGAAGCUCAAUAAAGACACGAAAGAUCUAAAUGCCACAAUCAACCAACUUGACCUCAUAGACAUAUACAGAACACUCCACCCAACAGCAGCCAAGUAUAUUUUCUUUUCUAACACAUAUGGAACAUUCUCUAGAAUAGACCACAUAUUAGGUCAUAAAGCAAGCCUUAGCAGCAUCCAGAACACUGAAAUAUUACUAAGGAUCUUCUCUGACCACAAGGCCAUAAAGGUAGGAUUCAAUAACAGAAAAAGCAGGGAAAAGAAAUCAAACACUUGGACGCUGAACAAUACCCUGCUCAAAAACAAAUGGGUUAUAGAAGACAUGAAGGAUGGAAUAAAGAAAUUCAUAGAAUCCAGUGAGAAUUAAAACCCUUCCUAUCAGAACCUAUGAGACACAGCUAAAGCAGUGCUCAGAGGUCAAUUUAUAUCAAUAAAUGCACAUAUCCAAAAAGAAGAAAGGGCCAAAAUCCAAGAAUUAUCUCUACAGUUUGAACAAAUAGAAAGAAAGCAACAAAAGAAACCCUCAGGCACCAGAAGAAAGCAAAUAAUAAAAAUUAGAGCAGAAUUAAAUGAAACAGAGAACAGAAAAACAACUGAAAGAGUUAACAAGACCAAAAGCUGGUUCUUUGAAAAAAUUAACAAAAUUGAUAAACCACUGGACUAACUGACAAAAGAAAAACAGGAGAGGAAGCAAAUAACCUGAAUAAGAAAUGAGAUGGGUGAUAUCACAAUGAAAAUAAAAGAAUCAGAUUACUAUGAAAAAUUGUACUCUAACAAAUUUGAAAACCAAGAAGAAAUGGAUGAGUUUCUAGAAACAUACACCCUCCCUAAACUAACACAAACAGAGGUAGAACAACUAAAUAAUCCCAUAACAAAAAAAGAGAUCAAAAAUGUAAGUUAAAAACUUCCAACAAAAAAAAAAGCCCUGGCCUGGACAGCUUCACUGCAGAGUUCUACCAAACUUUCAGAGAAGAGUUAACACCACUACUACUAAAGGUCUUUCAGAGCGUAGAAAAGGGCGGAAUACUCCCAAACUCAUUCUAUGAAGCCAGCAUAUCCCUGAUACCAAAACCAGGUAAAGACACCACAGAAAAAGAAAAUUACAGACCUAUAUCCCUCAUGAACUUAGAUGCAAAAAUCCUCAACAAAAUUCUAGCCAACAGAAUUCAACAAUAUAUCAAAAAAAUAAUUCACCAUGACCAAGAGGGAUUCAGACCAGGUAUACAGGGAUGGUUCAACAUUAGAAAAACAAUAAAUAUAAUCCAUCAUAUAAAUAAAAGACAAGAACCACAUGGUCUUAUCAAUUGAUGCAGAAACGGCAUUUAAAAAACCUCAAAACCCAGUCAUGAUAAAAACUUCAUCAAAAUAGAAGACCUCACACCAUGCACAAAAACUAACUCAAAGUGGAUCAAAGACCUAAAUAUAAAAUCUAAAACAAUAAAGAUCAUGGAAGAAAAAAUAGGGACAACACUAGGAGCCCUAAUACAUGGCAUAAAGAGUAUACAAAACAUUACUAACAAUGCAGAAGAGAAACCAGAUAACUCGGAGCUCCUAAAAAUCAAACACCUAUGCUCAUCCAAAGACUUCACCAAAAGAGUAAAAAGAUUACCUACAGACUGGGAAAAAGUAUUUAGCUAUGACUUUUCCAAUCAGUGGCUAAUCUCUAAAAUCUACAUGAUACUGAAAAAACUCAACUACCAAAAGAUGAAUAACCCAGUUAAAAAAUGGGCAAAGGAUAUGAACAGACAUUUCAUUAAAGAAGACAUUCAGGUGGUUAACAGAUACAUGAGGAAAUGCUCACGCUCAGCCAUUAAGAGAAAUGCAAAUCAAAACUGCAGUGAGAUUCCAUCUCGCUCCAACGACGCUGGCAUUAAGCCAAAACACACAAAAUAAUAAAUGUUGGAGAGGUUGUGGAGAGAUUGGAACACUUAUACACUGCUGGUGGGAAUAUAAAAUAGUACAACCACUUUGGAAACCGAUUUGAUGCUUCCUUAAAAAGCUAGAAAUAGAACUACCAUACAAUCCAGCAAUCCCAUUCCUUGGAAUAUAACCUAGAGAAAUAAGAGCCUUUACGUGAACAGAUAUAUGCACACCCAUGUUCAUUGCAGCACUGUUUACAAUAGCAAAAAGAUGGAAGCAACCAAGGUGCCCAUCAAUGGAUGAAUGGAUAAAUCAAUUAUGGUAUAUUCACACAAUGGAAUACUACACAUCAAUAAAGAACAAUGAUGAACCUGUGAAACAUUUCAUAACAUGGAGGAAUCUGGAAGGUAUUAUGCUGAGUGAAAUUACUCAGUUGCAAAAGGACAAAUAUUGUAUGAGAGCACUAUUAUAAGAACUCAAGAAAUAGUUUAAACAGAGAAGAAAAUAUUCUUUGAUGGUUUUGAGAGGGAGGAGAGAGAGGGGUAUUCACUAAUUAGAUAGUAGACAAGAACUAUUUUAGUUGAAGGGAAAGACAACACACAAUAAAGGAGAGGUCAGCAUGACUGGACUAAACCAAAAGCAAAGAAGUUUCCUGAAGAAACUGAACGCUUCGAAGUCCAGUGUAGUAGGGGGCAGGGGCUUUGGGACCAUGGUUUCAGGGGACAUCUACGUCAACUGGCAUAAUAAAAUCUAUUAAGAAAACAUUCUGCAUCCCACUUUGCAGAAUGGCAUUUGGGGUCUUAAACACUAGCAAGCAGCCAUCUAAGAUGCAUCAAUUAAUUGGUCUCAACCCACCUGGAACAAAGGAGAAUGAAGAACACCAAAGACACAAGGUAAUUAUGAGCCCAAGAGACAGAAAGGGCCACAUAAACCAGAGACUACAUCAGCCUGCGACCAGAAAAACUAGAUGAUAUACAGCUACAACCUAUGACGGCCCUGACAGGGAACACAACAGAGAACCCCUGAGGGAGCAGGAGAGCAGUAGGAUGCAGACCUCAAAUUCUCCUAAAAGGACCAGACUUAACGGUCUGACUGAGACUAGAAGGACCCCAGAUGUCAUGGUCCCCAGACCUUCUGUUAGCCCAAGAUAGGAACCAUUUCCAAAGCCAGCUCUUCAGACAGGGAUUGGACCAUCUCAGACUAUGGGAUAGAAAAUGAUACUGGUGAGGCGUGAGCUUCUUGGAUCAAGUGGACACCUGAGACUAUGUGGGCAGCUCCUGUCUGGAGGAGAGAUAAGAAGGUAGAGGGGGUCUGAAGCUGGCUGAAUGGACACAAAAAUAGAGGGUGGAGAGAAGGAGUGUGUGGUCUCAUUAGGGGGUGAACAACUAGGAGUAUAUAAAACCAGUGCCAUCGAGUAUAUAGCAAGGUAUGUAUAAAUUUUUGUGUGAGAGACUGAUUUGAUUUGUAAACUUUCACUGAAAGCACAAUAAAAAUUAAAAAAAAAAAAGAACAGACUUGCUGGCCUACCAGAGGCUGGAGAAACUCUGAGAGUAUGGCCCCUGGACACCCUUCCAGCUCAGUAAUGAGGUCACUCCUGAGGUUCACCCUUCAGCCAAAGAUUGAACAGGCCCAUGGAACAAAACAAGACUAAAGGGGUACAUCAGCCCUGGGGCAGGGACUGGAAGGCAGGAGGGAAAAGAAAAGCUCAUAAUAGGGAACCCAGAUUUGAGAAGGGAGAAUGUUGACAUGUGGGGUUGUUAACCAAUGUCAUAGAACAAUGUAUGUACUGUUUGAUGAGAAACUAUUUUGUUCUGUAAACCAUCUAGAGUUUAAAAAAAAAUCAUCUCAGGGUAAUAGCUUGGUUCGGGUCACCUUAACCUGAAAUCCAGAAACCUGGGUUCCAUGAGAAUUAAAAAUUCUGUUCCUCAGUAUAAAUUAAGGGACUGUUCUCCUCUGAUUUUUACCCCAUACUGGGUACACUCCUCUGGGUUGAGACAGUGAAAAGCAUGUAGUCACCCUGAAAGCCAGGAUUCAAGCUUUUCCAGUCUCACCACUUCCUCUUCCCUGGGAAACACUGUUGGUUCCUGCAAACCUCCCACACAUCUCCAGGCUUCUGCUGAUAACAUGAACCUCUACCUGGGAAGCAUUCCCCUUCUUUUCCUCACUGUUCAGAGAAACAGAAGUAAUUCAGUGUAUUUGUUGUUAGAUGCCAUCCAGUUGAUUUUCAACUCAUAACGACCCCACAUGACAGGCUAGAACUAUCCCAUAGGUUUUCUUGGCUGUAAUCUUUAUUGGAGCAGAUCA